AUGGAAGUGGCUUACGGUUAUCACUGGUUGAACAAUAAAAAUCGUCAAAAUAGUUUACCUCACUCAAACAAGGAUCGAUGCCAAUUGGAUGUAAAUGCAAGCCAUUUAUCCAAAAAUAUGCAUCGUUUGGACGGCGAUAUGUCGCGUAUUGACGAUGGAAUGGACAAUUUAAAAUUGGAUCUUGACGCUUUCGAAGAUAUGUUAGGUUGUUUUCGAUCAGGGGUUGGAGAUCUUAGGGAAGAAUUGGGUGACCUAUGUUUGGAAUUGCAAGAAUUUUUAGAAAAAGUUGAUUGUGAAACUUUGCGGUGUGUUUUGGAAGCAGAUUGUGACGAUUUCAGUUCAGAUGGUUUGACAUCCGAGCGAUCGUUAUCGGACGAGUCAAUUUUGGCCCGUUCGAUAUCUGAUACAGAUUUUGAAUAUGAGCCCCCAGAGAAUGAACUGCAGAAAACAUCUUCAGCUUCGAUGUCCGAACAUCAGCUUCGCGUGCAGCGCUCGUUGCAGCGACUGGAUCUCCCAGACUGGUACAGGCAGAGUCAGGUGCCUCGCGAAGGAUUCCUGCUGAGAAAACGAUCAUCGCCUGAUUGCGACACAAGACCAUCAGCCAAUCGCUGGACUGGGUUGAACUCAAAAACAACAUCUUUAAAUUCCUUAGGCAGUGGUUGCAGGACCAGGGACGGAACCAAUAUAAUACAAGGACCGAAUGCAAAUUGCACUGGUUCAAGUGUUAAUUCUGGAGGUUACUUGUUGUCACCAUCGACGAACCGAGACUUCUGCAGGUGGUCUACCUCCAAAUUAAAUUCUUCACAAACUUCUCCAUCGAGCAGCGUUCGGAGCAGUUUUAGCAGUAGAACCACAGGUCCAGUGAUAACCAGCGCAGGCAGCAACUCGCUAAGAAGUAGUUUUAGACAACCCUAUAUGGGCUGGAGAAGCCAAGAAAAAUUGUCCAGGCCUAGAACACCAGCCGAAAGGUUGGCUAUAUCGAUGCCCCAACAACAGCAACAAAAACAACUACAAAAUCAGAAACACCAGCAGAACAACAAUAACAACAUUAUUUUAGAUGCUCAAACACCUGAAAUUCAAUCAUCAAUUAAAGAAGUGACAUCUGCAAUUGUCCACUACGUUUCGGACGCGCAUUCUCGUCUUCAGCAGGGGGCAAACGAUGCCUCUAAGCUGCCUCCACCGAGUGGAAGAUCUCGAUCGGCGAGUCCAAGUCAAAGGUUUUGUUGGUUGGAAUCUUCCUUUGUAGGAACUAGACCGUUGGAUUCUCCCCAAACGCCAACUUUGGCAAAAACUUUCGAAGAUUCGAACGAUUCGAGACGGGACUCCGGCUUAAAGUUAGAAUUGAGGCGGCCAGAAAGAUUGAAUAACGUGCACGUUUCUGAGUAUUCGCCAGCCGGAUCGUUGGAACCGUCGACUACGCCGGGCUCAGCCAGCCUGGAGGAUGUCCUGGCUUCGCUCCUGGGACUGCGGCCUUCUUCUGCUGCGUCGUCCUCGCACCAUGCGCCCGGGCUGUUGCCGGCAGAAUUAGAAGAUACAGCUAGUAUGGCCGAUACUAUUAGGCACAAAGGCGACAAUGACAGGGGAUCAGAUACUCCUAUCGAGGGUCGCAGAAAAAUCAGUCAAACGCUUCAAAACAAUUACUCAACCGACCAACAGAUGGUCAAAUGCCGAAAUAGUAAUUGCAAUAAAUUGCAGAAACCGCCGAUGCUAAAAAGUUGUACAAAAACUGUCACAAUUGUAGCUAUAUUUUCCACACUUUGCCGGCACGUUAUUAAUUCUGCGAAAGAUGAUGAAAUGUCUUUACGUCACAUUUCACUGAUGGCAAGACAAGGUUACGAGACUCAUGGGCGAGGAGUCGUCAAGCUCACGUUCAAAAGUCCCGAAAGCGCCGAAUGUUUUGUUAAAAAUGGGUUUCAAAAAAUCGGAGAUCUCAAGUAUAUUAAAUGGCCAGAUUUGGUUCCUGCUGAAAUGGGUUCUGAAUUAUACUCCGAAUUACUACGAUUGUGCACUGCCUAUGAACCCUUAAAUAAGCUCGUGCUUUAUGUUAGCGUGUGCGUAGUUUCUGAGGCUCCAGGCUCUGGUGCUGUUAAAUGGGAAAGGCAGCUUGUAUCUAGAUGCGCUAAACUGAGGCACUUGCGAAGAAAAGGAGUUAAUCUGCGACGUCACUUUCCAGAAAUUCACUCGAAAUUGAGUUCUUAUGCGGAUGUUGGUGGCGAUAGAUUUGCCCCAUUGACCAUCCAUCCGAAAGAUGAGUGUAGCGGCAAAACUUUUAUGUGCAUCAUUAUGCCAGUUGUUGACCGCGAGAAAUUAAGUGAUUUGCCUGUGGAUAGAGCUAGAAUCAAAAUUGUUGAUAUUAGUUUAAAGCAAGAAAAUGAAGCGCCGUCGACUGUGUGA